CCCGAACAAGGAACCGGUACAGUACAAAUCAGCGAGGCUCCCUCUCACUGCUCGAUAUUGAUAUGUAGAACACCCCACCUCAUCCAGAGAAAGGAUAAGAGAAAAAGAGGAGCAUCUCCUUUCCUCCCUCUCGAAGCACAAUGUUGUUAACUUCUCCCUCUUCGCUUCUUCAGCUCCCUCCAUUAAAAUCUCUCAAGAUCAGCUCUCCAUUCCUUUAUGGGUCCACCCCAGUUCGUCUAUUGAACAAACCCUCUUCGUCCCUCUCACCAUCAAAUCCAUCUCCGCCUUCUUUUCUCCCUCCAAUUCGAGCCAUGAAAUCGCUUCAAGGGAGGGUUGUUUGUGCCACCAACGACAAGACAGUUGCAGUCGAGGUGGUGCGUCUAGCGCCACACCCGAAGUACAAGAGGAGGGUCAGGAAGAAGAAGAAGUUUCAGGCUCAUGACCCAGAGAACCGGUUCAAGGUUGGUGACUUUGUGCAGCUCGAGAAGAGCAAACCCAUCAGCAAGACUAAGGCUUUCAUCGCUAUCCCGGUCACUGCAAAGAACGCUCCCAAGUCUACCGAGGCCUUGCCGCAAGAGCUCGGCAUCCCGUUGGAGUCUGAAAAGUCUGAGUGAGGAUGAUUGAAAUUCGUCCAUCAUGAUCUCAAAUGUAAUGAACUGUUUUCCUCUUUUUCGUUUUAAUCACUCCAUGCUUUAGUCUAGCUUAUUUGGCUGUUCUUUUUUUAUGGGGGGUUCUGGUUGGUGAUAGGUGCUGCAAUUUAGACUGAGUUUAUGUUCCGUUUGGUUUAGUUGUUAUAUGAAUUUGAUAUCUGUUCAUUAUGGAAAAGAGAAUCGAAUCAGCCAUUGAAUGGGCCUGCUUUACUUGUUCUGUCCAUAGGCCGUAUGUUGAUUAUUGCAAAGAUAAUCAAAUUGUUUUGAGUUUGGCUGCA